AUGACAGAUGGCAAAAUAACCUGGGAGCAAACGGUCGAUCCGUCGGGCCGCAAUGCUAAUCCCAGUAACUACGAGAGUUACUCGCGCGAUCCUUGUCGCACACCCUACCAGUGGGAUGCCACCAAAAAUGCCGGCUUUUCCGACGCCGACAACACUUGGCUGCCGGUCGCUGGUAAUUAUCGCACAAAUAAUGCGCUGGCCCAAUUACGCGCACCAAAAAGUCAUCUAAAAAUAUUUAUGAAAUUAAUUCGCCUACGUAAAUUACGCUCGCUGCAAGAUGGUCCACUUAAGAUAAAAGCAAUUGGCAAUGACAUUAUCAUCUACUCGCGUGAAGCGCCGGGUGAUGCUAUGUACGUAAUUGUGCUGAAUCUUGGCGCCAGAGAGCAGAGUUUGAAUAUCAAUCAACACUUUGAUAUGGGUCGACAAGCUGAGGUGAUUACUUCUUCGUUGCAAUCAGCUUAUAAUGAUGGUGAUAUCCUCGAUCCGAGCAAAUAUAUGGCUGAGCCUUAUGUGGGCGUAAUUUUGGUAAAAAUUUAAAGUCCCCAGUUCCGUAUACUAAUUAACGUUCACUUAGAAAUAAAUAUAUUUAUAUUUGUGCCUCUAUAUGUAAAAUUGCAAUGUCGUUUUUUUUGAUAAUUGAAAGCAAGCUUUAAAAAGUUUUUUAACUUCAAAAAUUCAGCAUCACCAAAUUAAAAUAAAAUCUAAAUCUCC